UCGGGCGGGGCGGGGGCGCACCGGGCCGGGCACGGCACACCGGGCGGGCACCGCGCACCGGGCCGCUCCGCUCCCCUCCGCUCCCGCCGCCAUGUCGGGCCCGGGGCUGGCCCCGGCCUGGGCGCCCACCCACGUCCAGGUGACGGUGCUGCGGGCGCGGGGGCUGCGGGCCAAGGCGGCGGCGGGCGGCGGCGGCAGCGACGCCUACACCGUGAUGGCGCUGGGCCGCGACAAGUUCUCCACCUCGGUGGCGGAGCGGUGCCAGGGGGAGCCGCUCUGGCGGGAGGAGGCCACCUUCGAGCUGCCGCCGCCGCCGCGGCCCGCCGCCCUCCGCCUCACCGUGCUGCACCGCGCCCUCGUCGGCCUCGACAAGUUCCUGGGACGCGCCGAAGUCGACCUGGCGGCCCUGAGGGCCGAUGGCGGCCGGCGGCACACCAGGUGGUACAAGCUUCGCUCCAAACCAGGGAAAAAGGAAAAGGAGAGAGGGGAGAUUGAAGUGGAUAUCCAGUUUAUGAGGAGCAACAUGACAGCCAGUAUGUUUGAUCUGUCCGUGAAAGACAAGUCUCGCUCUCCCUUUGGCAAGCUCAAAGAUAAGAUCAAGGGGAAGAGAAGCAGUGGCCUUUCUGACACGGCGUCGGCAAUCAUUCCCAGCACGACUCACUCCCCUGCUGACAGUGAGGAUGAGUCAGUGGAGAAGGAAAAGAAGAAGUCAAAAUUCAAAACCCUGUUUUCCAAACCGGGCCUGCAGAAGACUUCCCUCUCCCAGUCCAUGUCAGUCCUACCGACGCAGCAGCCCGUCACCGAGAGGGUUCGGCUUCGGCCCAGCGACUUCCAGUCGCAAUGGGAUGACGAGGAGUCUGAGACCUCUCCGACCUCAGAAAGAGCCUUUGGAAAUGUCCUGGAAGAGAAGUCCUCUCCUUCUCCUGUAUUUAAAUCUCGUAAACCAGCAAUUUUGGACAGCAGGCAACUAAACCAAGCAACCACUAGCCACACCAAGAAAGAAGGGCUCUCUCUAUUCAGUGGCCUUAAAUCCAAAAGCGAUCCUGUUUCCAAGUCUAGUCUGUGUAUCAAUGGCAGCCAUGUAUAUAUGGAAGAGAGCUCAACGAAGGACAACACACCAGCCUCUUCCCCCUCUCCUCACCACUUCAGGAGGAAGCAGCUCUUUGCUUCAGAAGAGAAUCUGUGUUCCCGAUCUACUAAAGGACCUGAAGAGACGGGAAGAACGUCUCCUAGUCAUGCUUUCUCUGGGUCUGCAUCCUUGGAGACCUUUAAAUCUAUGACUUUGCCGUCAUACAAGUUGCUUAGCAGUGAAGAAUACCUGGAAACUAGUGUUACUCCGAGUGUCGAGGUUAUUAAAGAGACGAAAAAAACUGACCACAAAAAGUCUGCCUUGCUCUCUCUGGUCACAGGGAAGAAGGAAGCAGUGAAGACCAGUGAUGCUGAGAAUAUUCCCGACAGGACCCUUCAGGAUGAGGAAAACAAAGUUAUGGAAGAGAGAAGAGAACAAGAGGCCAAACAUCUUGAACUUCCAGCAGAUCUAAGCAGAGGGAAUCCCUCAGAAGACAGUCACCGUGCAGAAGACAUCUUUGCAAGUAAGCAGACACUCAACCCUUUCGAGGAAGAGCAGAAACCUGAAAAAGCUGCUGUGCCGGUGAAGACCAAAGCUGUCAAGCCCAGACUGGGCGUGUCUUCAGAGGAGGAAACCAAAGCCACGCUUCCUACUCUUGCACCUGAUUCCCUUCCUGCUUUUCUUUCUGUACACCAUAUCAGUAGUGACAAUAAUCCUUUUGUUUCUAAAACGGGACAAAAAGCUGAAGUGCCAGACUCUGAAAACAUUACUAGUUCUCCUGCAUCUAUUACUUCUCCUUUUGCUGCAGAGCUUUUUCAUGGCAAGAACCCCUUUACUUCUGAGUGGGGCAGGGCAUCCGCAGCUCUGGAUCCUGAAGGCGCUGCCUGUUUCCCUUCGUCCCAUCAUCUUGCAGCCUCCCUUCCCAAAGCACCUCUUCCUGGGCAGGUGUCUGGUAGUGGCAAUAAUCCUUUUGCUGCUGAAUGGGGGCAGAGCUCACGGGGCCGGGAUCCUGAAAGCUCUGAUAUGCAGGCUUCCCGGGGUCUCUCUUGCCCACCUGCACCUUCUUGCCCCUCUGAUUGUCAUUUUAAUGACAAUAAUCCUUUUGUGUCCAACCUUGGGUGGGAGCAAGAUGCACCAGGUUUCCAAGCUGUUGCUAGUUCUUCCCCUUUCUGCCUUCCUUGUGAUAAAGACUGUUCCUCAGCAGAACGCCCUGGUCGCAAUACUUCAGGGAGCUCUUCAGAUAUGGCUUUAACUAGUAAUGUCAAAGCUGUAUCAAACCCUCUCGGCACCCCUUCUGACAACCCUGGUCUGGCUCCAAAGAAGCAGUGGGAUUCUCCCCAGCUUCAGGUUGACAAUUCUUUGAAAAGUAGUAAGCUAGGCAAAGGGAAAUCUGUGUCCUUUCUCCUUGAUGGAUCACAGGGUGUUAUAUCAGGUGAUGAGGAUAUGGGUGGGCAGGAACGUGAAAAACAGCACUCUGAUUUCAGUGAAAUGUUGACAGGUUCAGAUGCAACAGGAGAGCUGGAAGUGGGGUGCUACCUGUCCUCAAAACUCUCUAGUGACAGCACAGGUCCCAUCCGAGGCAGCAGGACCGCUGUUCAGGGUGGCAUGGAACUAGGUGGUGUAAGCACUCAACCCUGCACAAAGGACAGCAAACACUUUGAGAGAGAUGGAAAGUGUAGUAAUAGCCUCUUGCCAGAGAUCAGUGCUGAACAGCCACCUUCCCCCCAGGGUGAGCUGAAUGAGAAGCAGGAGACCUUUGGUGAAAAGAGACAAGAAGAAUGUGCACCCACAUUAGAGCCCCAAGCAACUCCACUUGAUAAAAAUGACUGUCUUUCUCAAGUAGGAUCCGCCAAACCAACCUUGGGAGCUCACACACCAUCCACUUGGGAAGCCAGUGUAGGGAAGGCUGGCUGUGAGGUGUUAGUCACUCCAAAACCAGCACCACGGAUGUCUUUAACGCUGAAAAAGUGCCUGGUGGUUUCUCAGGCUGGUGAGUUAAGUGGUGAUGUGCCUUCUUCAGGCGAUGGUAUGAAAUCUGUGCCUGGGCUGCUGUUACCUAAUGAGAAAGCCUUGGAUGCUCAUGGAUGUCUCCCCCAAAGUGGCUCAUUAGAGACUAUCGCUCCACCAGUGACACCCAGAGAUGGCAGCAGCAAUAGGCAUUUCAAACAUGAAGGUGAUGAUGAUUUAUUUGACUGUCUUACAAAUUUAAAGUCUGCCAAUCCCAUUACUGGAGACCGUGGUUCGAAACUGGCUGGUCUUCCAGUUAUUCCAGAGGGAGGCUCUGAUGACGAGCUGCUGGGUGACUGCCAGGAGAACUGUGGUGUCACUGCAGGUGAUAAAAACACUUCAGGAAAGCAGUCCCUAGAUUUAAUGCCUUUGCAUGAAGAACUGGAAGAGCACUGUGAUAGCUCUGCUGAAGCCCGAGUAACUCCAGCUGCUCCAGGAGGAGGAGGAAGCGUUCCUGGUGCUUGCAAGCCAAGCAAACUGCCUCUCCUGCCUGCCAGAGUAGAUGUUCACAGUGUCAAUAACCAGGUAGCUGACUCAGGCUCAGGUAUGACAUCUCAUUCUAGGGAGCGUAAGAGUCAUUUUGAGAAACAAGAACUGAAAAUAAGCGCAGGUGUUUCGGAGCAUGCAGACUGUGACUUCUUUGAGCCUUCUAUUUCAUCUUCCUCCCUGUCAAGUCCUUCCCAGCCUUACUCUUUCUCUCAUUCUCUCCCCUCUGAUGCCCCAAGUCGUAGAGCAGAGUCUCCGAAAAAGCCAACAGCCGAGGGCUUCGCAGAUAAAGCAGGAAAUUCUGGCAAGAAGAAGCUUCUUCAGGCAUGGGUUUCACCCUCUGAAACAUAUCCUAACCAAACUCAGCAGAGUGGUGAAACUGUGUCUCCUAAGCACAGACUCCAUCCUGUGAAGCCAAUGAAUGCCACAGCAAACAAAUCUCAGAGUAAAAACCUGAAUGUCAUCAGCACUAUGGAUGAAAAGCUGCUUGAGAUGAACGUGAAGAAAUAUGAUCCUUCAGAUCCUGCCUAUGCUUAUGCUCAGCUAACACACGAUGAGCUGAUCCAGCUGGUCUUGAAACAGAAGGAUACAAUUACCAAGAAGGAUCUCCAGGUGCGUGAGCUUGAAGACUACAUUGAUAACUUGCUUGUCAGAGUCAUGGAAGAAACCCCAAACAUCCUUCGUGUUUCAGUGUCUGGAAACAAAAAAGCUGGAAAGAUGUAAAAGCUCUCGGGAAGUUGGUGGAACAAAGGACUGAAUUCCCACCAGUGGAGUUUGAUUAAUAAGGAGACGAUGUGAAGUAGGUGGUACCAGUUGUGCUGCCCACAGAAAAUGACCUCUUUCCUGUUUCUGCCUUGAGCAACUCUCGGUUUGAUUAGUAGUUACAUCAGGUCUUGUGUAUGGAGUCCAGAAGUGGAGUCAACUUACCAUAUUUAUUUGGUUUCCUUUCCAUUAUUUCGGAAGGUUUGGUCAGGCGUCUAAUCCAAAGGCUGUUUGCGAUAGGAAGGAUGAAGGGGGUUUGGUGUGUUGUGCUUGCCAGCAAGGCACUGAUGAUCCUUUAUAAAGAUUUUUUUAAAUGGUUUUAUUUCAUAGCAGCUUUGAUAGAUCAAUUACUCUUCUUUCCAUAUCUUAAGUUGUAGUGCAAUAUAAAAAUCUUGUACAGUAGAGCUUGAGGAUUUGAUUGUUUUUUAAAAAGAAAAAAAAACUACUACACUGGAGAAGUCCAAAGAUGUGUGCUUCAGACCAGGGCUGUGUGGGCUGUAUUUUAAAAGUAAUUAAUGCCCUAAAAGUUGAAUGCAAGUUUAACCAUAGAUUGGAAAGGAAGAAGCAAAGCUUAGUUAACCAAUACGUACCUUAUGAGAUUCAAAGCAGUUCUCCACGGGGAAGGUUUACAGGUUUUUCUGGUACAGGAAACAUUGAGAUGUCACGGUACGUUUGUCUGCCUUAGGAGCGAUAGUAAUGAAUUUGGGCCGAAGGUGCAUUUUAAAUCAGAAGCUGUCCUCUUAUGGACUUCAAAUUCCUGAUUUGAAGGUCGUUCAAAUGAGGGAGGCAAAGGUACACCUGGUUUCUGUUCUGUAGACUUAAAUAGGUGUGGAUUUCAUGGUACUCGUGCCUGGCUCGUGUCUCUUGCUCUAUGGGUGUUCUGUGACGAUUUUUCCUUUACACUGUUGCAGUUUAUUACAUUUAAAUACCUUGGAUUUGGGAGCUGGGGCUUUCCUUGGAAUGGCCUUCAAAGGUGAUCAGUCUUACAAGGCUUUCUUACUUGCGUUUGUUAUAGAGCCAAGAGAGGAACCAAACCGCCCUCCCCUGGGGUGGGAGCAUCACAGCGCUAGUGCCUGAUUCUGAUACGGUUUUCUUUGUGACUUGCUGCUCAGAAUGGAAUGAAAAUUUUAUAUAACAGAGAGAGUGCUGGUUUUGCUAGACAGUCGGUUCCCUCAGUUUGCCUCCCUAAUGUGCAGCUGCGUUGCAGCUCGAUAGAGACAGGUAUGUUCUCCUCCCCGUCUCAUCGGUUAGCAAAUAACAGCAUAGCGCUAUCGAGCAGCCACCGCAACAGGCUUCCUCCACUGAAAAACUAAAUGUGGCUUUUUGGUUUUGGUGAGCUCUUGUCAAAGGUCAAAAAAAAUCAGAUGCCUCUUUGCAACUCUGGGAUGUAUCGGGGUUGUGAGAGUCCGUAAAAGCCUUAGAAGAAAGUUGAAAUACCAAAAGAGAGGGUAGCAGAGGACCAAAGCAAACGCUCCUACCUUUGGAAGUUGAAAGGGUCUGUUGGGUCACUCCUGGCUUAGGGGUGAGUUUCUAACUCAAUUUUUCUAUAGCAAAGCACUUUAUUGAGGGACUAGACUAGCUGGAUCAACUAUCAACCUCUUAAUAGUCUGCUUACUAUUUUCAUAAAACACUGAAAACUACUGGAGACUUCUCAAAUACUCUAUUUUUGUAGUGAAGAGUAGUUUAAUAUAUUUGCCUAGAGAUGUAUACAUUUAUUGGAAAACUCAAAAAAUGCUGUUAAUUACAUUUUUAUUACUGUAAACUGAGUAACUACCAAAGUCUGGAGCUUUCCUGGCAGAGCUCUCCUUCAUGGGAGGCUUGAGUUGAACAAAGUCUUAAGCGUUGAGAGUCUUAUAAGGCUUCAGGUACUUUUUUCUAAUUUUAUUUUUCUUUGAGAAGAUGUCUUCAGUUGAAGGGGUUAUUUCUUUCCUACUGUACCCCCUUCUGUGAAUGAAGGGUCUGAAACGCAGAAGGUCUUAGCGGCAUCUUCAGCUCUUGGCUGGUGCUUUUAAUUUUGAGUGGUACUGGUUGGCCUUACUGAAAACUGCUGCUGCUUCUUGUGCCUUGAAAUAGUGAGGAAGAUGAAGGAUUAAUUUGUUUCCUCCUUGUGCCUCAGCAGAUCUCUGGAAAGAAAAGGUUGCCUAUACCUCACUAAUAAACUUGUCUUCUAGACAUUAUUCCACAGCUUUCUGAUGUUCUAGGUCAGAGAGAAAAACCGGUUGUGCCUUUGAACGGUGACUUAACGGUUCAAAAACCAAAAGUGGUGUUAUCGGUAGUCAUAACUGGACACAUGGGGAGCAAGAUGGGGCUCUUCCCUCUUGCUGGCCUUGUUUUAAAACAAUAUGGGUACUACUGAGCCGCAGCUGCAGAAGGCACCCCGGUGCUGCGUGCGAUGCUUUUGGCGCAUGGAUUUUGAGGCUUGGAUCGUGUGCGUUCCUGUUGGCAAGAGCGUGCGCCUUGAAGUUACAUGCACAGAAACAAAGCGGUAAUAUGCGCUCUUGGCCGUCUCCUUAGAGAUGAAGCCUUAAAACUUGUAAUAUCCUCUCCUGGCAGCCUUUUUUUGCCAGUUACAGCCAUGUCCGUUGAGGUGAGCCCCGGGUUGUGCCUGGCUUUUGCCCCUGGGGUUUCCUCUGCGGUGGUUGCAGGUGUUGAGCCGCCUGCCAGAGCUUCAACUCCCAUGGCCGUGAAAGCAUCGCACAAACCUUGUACCUCAGUCUUUUAUUGGCAAUAAUAGCUAAAGCCCUUCUUUGGCAUAAAGGGAUGGGCAUUUUAUGUGCAGCAAGGUUAUUUCACCUUUGACUUUAAGGGCCUUAAGAAUCAAAUGUAUUGUUUUAUUAUUGAAGGAUCUGAAUGUGUUUUUCCCUGUUUAUACUGUCUGCUUUUAGCCUGGUUACUUGUUUUUAAAUGCCUUUUGGUUUCAUGGAACACUAAAAUAAAAAUACUUUUAAACCAG